AUGGCUGCUGUGGCACUGCACGGGUACAAGGUAAAGGGGGUCAACAAUGUCGUGGUACGGCUCUACCCGCAGGUGCUCGGCAUUCACAAAGUGCACGAGCACAAUCUCUGCAACGCCCUCAGGGACUUUGGACUUAUGCUAAAAUCGGAAUGCGUUAAACGCAUUAAACGCUCGUCAUGCUUGUACAGCAGGGACGAAUUGCUACAGUACAAUCACGACUUUUUGAAGUUUGCGCACACCAUGCGUUCUAGUGAGCUUUGCAUGAUCGCGCAUGGUUACUCUAUUUUGGAGCUUGAUGACCGCGAUUGGUGGGACAAGUUCUCUGCAAUUGCUGCUCGUAACUCGUAUGACAUGGACGGGAAGGAGAUGGCAGGUCUGAUGUAUUCUCUUAGCAGGGUGUAUCCCUACAAGCACCCGCUGAUUUCACAGCUAAUAGAGGAGUCAACUCCUUGGAUCCAGCAUGCUAACCCAGGCACCUUGUCCUUGCUGGUGAAAGUCAUUUCAAACCUAAAGAUUGGCGGUAAUUACCUGCAUCGAAUCAACAAACGGGCAAUAGAGAUUAUAAGUGAGCUCAACAUUGUCGACGUCAUAUUCUUCAUAACUUCCAACACGGAUGCGAAGGUCCGUGACUUGGAGCUUUAUCGUGCUCUAUGCACACGGUCGAUUGAAUUGUACGACGAUAUGGAACUGCAUCACGUACGGGCAUUAGCAGCAUCUUUGAGUAUUGGUGGCUAUAAGUCGUCUUUAUUUUUCAACGUCCUGUCUCUGCGUCUGGUUGACAUUUGUCGAACUAAAAAACUUAAGGAUGGCGAUGUUAUAUCCUUGUUUUUGGCGUACACGUCUCAGAAGUUCUUGAGUCAGAACGAUCUUUGUAUCGACGUGCAGGUGUACAAACGGUUUUUGCAGGAGCGACAUGGAUACAUAUCGAAGGAUAAAUUCGAGUUCCCCAUUCCUGAGCUGGGCCCGGUAUUCUCUAAGGCGUUGAGUGACAACAUCCAUCGCAUAACGGCAAACGGAAUGCCCAUUGUGUUGCGAGCGAUUUCCAUUUUAAAAAUUCCCGUUGAUCGGGAACUAUACAGCAGGGUGCUGCAGGAAACAGCGCAGUACAUUCGUGAUGGGAAGUACGACGGGCUAAAACUUUCAAAUUUAGUAGUUACCAUCGCAAAACGUCCAGGGCGGCACGAUGUCUUCUGGAAUGCCGUGCACGACACCUUGUCCAAGCCUGAUGCCGAUUUCAACGCUGACAUUGUUGCCAAGAUGACGGCUACGCUGGGGGCUGUGACGGACGAUGCCCCCAGACGUUUGGUAUACAAGGACCUUAUCAACUUGUCUUUGAUGUGCUGUAAGGACAUGACUGUGAAGUCUAUUUUUGCCUUGACGCGUGUCUACGCGGCUAACAUGGAGCUGGAGGCGUUAUGCUCUGAGCCGUAUGUGAAUGCAGUUGUUGCCCUGAUGCAACGCGUCCCCGUUUCCGAUGUUUUCCACUUACUCAAGCUCUAUCCGUUUCGCGUGCUUCCACCAGGCAACCGUAAUGUCGUGCACCUUUUGGAAGCUGCGAAGGAUGCGCUUAAUAAGUCCCACGAGCGCUCCCCUGGCUUCACGGCAUUGCGCGUGAUGCUUGAAGAUUUUGUUUACAAACAGGAUGCUGAAGAUACAACUUUAAAAACACCUGAUACUUGA